AUGGCUUUUUUGUAUGAAGAAGAUAGAGGAUUGACAUAAACAAAAGACCCUUACCCACAUCUAGGUCCUGGAGUUUAUCAGAUCCCUGAGCAUCAAACUAAAACUGCUUAUGCUCCUUUUCUCUCGACUGGAAAGAGAUAAGUAGAGAUAACUAACAAAUAAAAAGCAUUAUUCCCUGGUCCAGGUUAAUAUGAAGUGUAAUACAACAUGGGUGAUUCUGGAGUGCAAGCGUACAUGAAUAAAAGCACCAUAAUAGUCAAAGUUUAAGGUAAUGGAAGUAGUUCCUUCAAAAGUGGAAUAGAGAGAUUUUAAGAAAAUAAAAAAGUCAAAGAAGUAUUUUAUAAUACUUAAUCUAGGUCCCUGGCCCUGGUCAUUAUGAUACUCAUAAAGAUAAUUCAUAAAACAAAUAAGCACAUUUGUUUCAAAAUUAAAAACUAGAUGAUAUUAGAAAUUAAAAUCACAGAAGACGUAUUAAUUCAAUACCUGAACCCAAAACAUAAAUUGGGAUGGUUUAUGAAGACAUUGAAACUUUGGCUUAACAUCAAAAAUUACUUAAACAGCAAAAGAAAGAAAAAGUUGUAGGCCCAACCACUUAUGAAGCUUAAUAGGAUAAAUAAACCAAAGGGAUCUCUUGGGACAAAAGUACAAAGCCUCGAUUUUAAUAAGAAUAAUCUACAGAUAUAGGACCUGGUAAAUAUAAUGUUGUUGAUGAAAAAAAGAGGAAAAAUAAAUCUCCUGCAUUUCUAUCUGAAACUGUUAGAUCCUAUUAUGAUAAAUUGAUUUAUAAAACAAAUAGAGAAAUAAAUGCUGGCUUAAGAAAAUAAAUCAAUUACAAAGAUUAAUAUUCUCCAGGACCUGGUUAAUACAAUGAUGGCAGAGUAUCAAUCAAAGUUCAAAAAAAAGCCAGAGAAUUUUAGUUUUUUGGCUCCUCUUUAGAACGAUUCAGAUAUAUACAGGAAUCUUCAGUUGGCCCAGGAGAUUAUAGAAUAGAAGACUCUUCAUUUGAUUAAUUGGUAAAAAAGAAAAACUAUACUAAUGCUACAUUUUUGAGUUCUACUGGUAAAGGAGAUUUAUAAACUCCUGAUGAAUAAUUGCCAGGACCAGGAGCGUAUUAUGUUCAAAAUGAUAUUUAUACAGAUCUUAUUCGUAAAUAAGAUAGAGGGGUUGGUGGGUAUUUGGGUGGUAAAGAGAAAAGAUUUUAUGAUAAACCUCCACUUUGUAAGGCUGGACCUGGAAGUUAUGAUAUUAAUAAAGGCGAGAAAAAGAGAGCUGUUAGCUCUUGUUUUAAAUCCUCUUCUAGAAGAGAUGCUAUAAAUAAGACUACUGGUCCUGAGAUUGGGUAAUAUAAAUUAGAUCAACAAACUAUUGGAUAUAAAAUGUAAAAGUAGUUAAAAUUUUUAAAAAAUCUAUAAAAAAUUGAUGUGUAGAAGCCUGGAUUUGAUUGUGCUGAACCCAGAUUUAAAGAAAAUUAGGAAAUACUGUAAAGUAUGUCUUUUACUGAACAAACUUAAUAUCCAUCUGGAUCAUUUAAAUAAGUAACUGCUCCAUUUAAAUCAUAAUAACCUCGUCUUGGUUAUAUUAGUAGAUAAUUCACACCUGGAGUUGGCAAAUAUCAAGUUGAAUCCAGCAAUUGGAAAAUCAAUAGUUUCAAUACACAUUAUAAUAAAUUAUUAUCAGACUGA